AUGGCUGGGCAGGUGAGUGAGAAGGAGCUAUGGACCGUCCUCAUGCAGGCCAUGCUCGCGCAGAAGAACCUCCGGCCCCAGCGCGACCGUCUCCUGCAGCUCCGGCGCCGGCUGGAGCAGCUCAGCCCCGGCGACGCCGACCACGCGGACAGGAACACGGAGCUCGCCAGAGUCGCCGCCGACCUCUUCAAGGUCUGCUACAGCGGCCUCGGGGCGGGUUCCCGCCUGCUCGGCAGCUGCAUCGAGCUGGCGGCCAAGGGCGGCGCCCGCCUCGCCAUCAACCGCGCCUUCGCCGCCAUGCCCGACGAGCAGCUCCACGACGCGCUCGUCGCGCAGCGCCUCCCCGCGCGCCCGACCACCCAGACCGAGGCCUUCUCCCGCGUCGAGGCGGCCUUCAACGCCGUCAAGGUCACCGAGGACCACCACAUCCCGCGCUGCAUCGAGCACCUCGUCGGCCAACGCCCCGUCUACAUGGUCCACGGCAAGAACGGACUCGAGAAGCCGGCCCCGGUCGCCGCCACCCCCGUGAACCAGGACAAGGCGCGCGACUACCUCGACCGCGCGUGCACCCUCGCCGACCUCGCCGUCAAGCACAUCGACCUCGCCGUCCUCGUCAUCUCCAGCUUCAUGGACCCCAAGGAGGUCGCCAGCCUCUCCGACUUCACCGACAAGCGCGCGUACAUCUCUGAGGAUGGACCUUAUCCAUCAGACUGAGUGAUGAUUCACCGACAUGCUUCACCAGGUCGAGGUCUCAAGCGAUGAAGGGGGUGGGAUCCCUUGCAUUGUUGAUCAAAGCUGUUUAAUUUACCUAUGAUUCCGGUUUUG